AUGGAUAACCAGCGAACUAUCGUCCUAAUCACCGGUGCAAACCAGGGCAUUGGUUACGAAGUUGCCAAGCUCCUUCUCUCAUUAAAUGAAAAGUACUACAUCCUCCUUGGCUGUCGAGAUGCAGUGCGUGGUCCCAAAGCUGUUACUGAAUUGGAUCCCACCGGACAAUCGGUAGAGCUGGUCACCAUCGAUGUACGCGACAACGCCUCAAUCAAGCAAGCAGCAGAGCAUGUCGCCUCCAAGCAUGGACACCUACAUGUUCUCAUCAACAACGCAGGCAUCAACAACGAGCUUAACGUCUUUCUUCAGCAGCCAAACCCCCAAGAACAGAGCAACCCAGAUGCAUCAAGUGACCUUGCACAGCUUCGAAAGCUCUACCAUGAUGCAUAUGAUGUCAACGUCUUCGGCGCUGCAGCAACAACCGAAGCCUUCAAGCCGCUUCUUGCGAAAGCGGUAGACUCGCCUCCUUGCAUUGUCUUUGUUUCUUCGCACACAGGGUCGAUGGGUCUGCGAAACGAGCAAUCGUCCGGCAUAUGGGCGAAGCUUCACAGCCCUUCAUUCCCCAUAUACCGUAGCACGAAGGCGGCGCUUAAUAUGUUGAUGCUGCAUUACUCGGCUUUGUUCGAAGAUCGGGGUUGGAAGGUCAAUGCCUCGGCUCCAAAUCUGACUGCCACCAAUUUUUCGCACGGGGUUGGACGACCUGCAUCUGAAUCUGCUGUCAAUAUUGUGCGGUUGGCGACUUUGUCGGUUGAUGGGGAGACUGGAACUUUUUCUGACGAGAAUGGGACUGUGCCAUGGUAG